AUGGACGUGGUGCAAGUCGGCAAUGAGGAGGUGCAGCCGGCACCGGCCCUGGAGCUAAACCUCCUCGGCGGUCUCGGCGCUGAGGCUGAGGAGACCGCCGUCGGCGCUGAGGAGACCGCCGUGGCGGAGGCGGAGAAGGGAAAGGCCAAGUCCAGUGAGGAGGCGGGGCCGUCGUCGGUGGCAGCAGCCGCCGGCGGCGAGAAGCGCCGCGUGUUCAAGUGCAACUACUGCCCGCGCAAGUUCUACACGUCGCAGGCGCUGAGCGGCCACCAGAACGCGCACAAGCGCGGGCGCUCCGUCGCCAAGGGCGUCGCUGCGGGGCGGGGCGCCGGCCAUGGCGGCGCACUCGUGCCGCACCACCUUCGCUUCCCCAACGUCUGGCCCUACUCCACCACCGGCAGGUCGUUCCUCAGCGUCGCGGCGCCGUUCUACGGGAUGCACAUGCACCACAACCCUCCCGGGUGGGGCACGGCGGCCCAGCCGUCCCUCGCCGGUCUCACCCGUCACGCCGGCACUGACCGCCCGACGUACCCGCGGGCGGAGGCCUACGGCUUUGGCGCGUCGCCCAGGGUCCCCAUCCCGGUGGCCUCCCCUCGCGCGCCGUCGAUGGCCGCGAUCCAGUGGGGUGGUGGCAAUGGCGGCGAUCAUAGCGUUGAUGAAGCGAAGCAAGAAGAGGAGGAGAUCACCAACACGGUAGACCUGACUCUCCGCAGGAUCUGA